AGUUCUAGCUUCUUAAUAUUUAUGCUCUUGUUUUUGUUUUUUUUUUCAUCCCACUUUCAGAGAACUCGGGCUGCUCGAGUUUAGCAAGCUCAGUUUCCUCUACCAUGCAAAGUUGGGUCAAGCCUUUUUCAUCUAAAAGUGCUUGAAUUGGAUUUGUAUGCUGUUGUGCCUCAUAUGGGGGAAUCUAUCACCGAUGGCACCUUAGCUACCUUUCUCAAGAAACCUGGUGAGAGUGUCGAGGCUGAUGAGGCUAUUGCACAAAUUGAAACUGAUAAGGUGACGAUAGAUAUUUCUAGCCCAGCAAGUGGCGUGAUCCAAGAGUAUUUAGUCAAGGAAGGAGAUACUGUAGAACCAGGAACCAAGGUCGCUAUAAUUUCGAAGUCUGAGGGUGCUGCAUCUCAUAUUGCCGCCUCUCAGAAGACACCUGAUUCCAAGCCUCCUCCUCAAACUGAUGAUAAGCAGAAGCCCAAAGUGGAAAGUUCUCCUGUAGCAGAAAAACCCAAAGCACCAUCCUCGCCACCACCACCACCUAAACAAUCUGCUAUAGAACCGUAGCUUCCUCCUAAGGAAAGAGAAAGACGGGUUCCGAUGACAAGACUUCGGAAACGGGUUGCAACGAGGUUGAAAGACUCUCAAAAUACUUUUGCAUUGCUGACAACUUUUAACGAAGUUGAUAUGACUAAUCUGAUGAAGCUCCGAUCCCAAUACAAAGAUGCAUUUCAUGAAAAACAUGGAGUGAAGUUGGGGCUUAUGUCUGGAUUCAUUAAAGCUGCUGUUAGCGCCCUCCAGCAUCAACCAGUUGUAAAUGCAGUUAUCGACAGGGAUGAUAUCAUAUACAGAGACUAUGUUGAUAUCAGUAUCGCUGUUGGUACCUCCAAGGGACUUGUAGUGCCAGUCAUAAGAGAUGCUGAUAAAAUGAACUUUGCGGAGAUAGAGAAGACGAUAAACAAUCUUGCCAAGAAGGCAAAUGAAGGAACCAUAUCAAUAGACGAGAUGGCUGGAGGAUCAUUCACCAUUUCAAAUGGUGGUGUCUAUGGAAGUCUCAUAAGCACUCCAAUCAUUAACCCUCCUCAGUCUGCUAUACUCGGUAUGCACUCGAUUGUGUCACGUCCAAUGGUGGUUGGAGGAAGCGUAGUGCCAAGACCAAUGAUGUACGUUGCACUCACGUAUGAUCAUAGGCAGAUUGAUGGGAGAGAGGCUGUGUAUUUCUUGCGCCGUGUCAAGGAUGUUGUGGAGGAUCCGCAAAGGCUUCUUCUGGACAUAUGAAAGAAUCGGAUUCAA